AUGGCAUCUCCACUGAGGAGUCUUGUUUACGACGAUAACCGGUACCAGAAGGCCUUCCAUCUUUUUCUGGAGCGUUCUUCGGAACAUCAGUGUAUGCAGGACUUUAUUCACAACAUCCUGCCCGACAUAGUCGCCAGCAUUGGAAAAGGGAAGUCCCAUCUUAACGUCAUUGGAGUUGGAAGUGGGGAUGGUCGCAUUGACUUAGAAAUGUUCUCGGAGCUCCGGCUGAAGCACCCUGGGGUGACGGUGGCCAACGAGGUGGUGGAGCCCAGCAGCCAGCAGCUUCAUAGCUACAAAGUGUUGGUGUCACAGAAGUCAGACUUGGAUUAUAUCACAUUUCAAUGGAACAAAAUGAAUGCCUCUGAAUUUGAAGAGCAAUGGAAGUUAAAGCAGACACCAAAGAAGGCUGACUUCAUUCACAUGAUUCAGAUGCUCUACUAUGUCAAGGAUGUUGAAGCGACUGUAAAAUUCUUCCGGAGUCUUCUUGACAAGAAUGGGAAGCUUCUCAUUAUUCUGGUGUCUGGUGAGAGUGGUUGGGGAAAGUUGUGGCGAACUUUCAGGAGUCAGAUCUGUGCCUGUGAUAUAAGUCAGUGUGUGACCACGGCAGAUGUGAAAAGCAUCCUGGACUCAGAGGGAGUGCAGUAUCAGAGCUACGUGCUUCCUUCUCAGAUGGAUAUCACCGAGUGUUUCACCGAAGGUGACGAGAGUGGAGAGCUUCUGCUCGACUUCCUCACCGAGGUGGAUCACUUCAGCCAAACAGCAUCGCCUCAGCUGAAAGCAGACAUCAUGAAGUUAUUGCAAGACCCGGCUUGUUCCCGGUUGGCAGACGGAAAAGUUGUUUUCAAUAACAACCUUGAGGUGAUAGUUGUUGAUUCAGCCACAUAG